AUGAAUACAAUCUUUGAAGAACUUAUAUCCCUGAUUGAUAGAUUUAUAUUUAUGUAUGAUGAUGAUGAUGAUGAUGAUGAUGAUGAUGAUGAUGAUGAUGAUGAUGAUGAUGAUGAUGAUGAUGAUGAUGAUGAUGAUGAUGAUGAUGAUGAUGAUGAUGAUGAUGAUGAUGAUGAUGAUGAUGAUGAUGAUGAUGAUGAUGAUGAUGAUGAUGAUGAUGAUGAUGAUGAUGAUGAUGAUGAUGAUGAUGAUGAUGAUGAUGAUGAUGAUGAUGAUGAUGAUGAUGAUGAUGAUGAUGAUGAUGAUGAUGAUGAUGAUGAUGAUGAUGAUGAUGAUGAUGAUGAUGAUGAUGAUGAUGAUAUACACGAUUAUAUACACGAUAUGAUUGAUUUUUAUAAACUAUUAGGUGAUGUAUCACAAAUACGCGAAGCAAGAAGAAAAACCACCGAUUGCACCCUUCCAACUCUACCAUUGUCUCUUCGUGAUAAUAUAUUUAUUAUUAUUCUUGAGUAA